AGCACUUCCUCAGCCAGCUGCCCAUGUAACACUUGCUUCCUCCUGUGGUCACUGCGAUGGACCCCUUUUCCCAGAUGAAGCGACUGGAGUCUCACGGUGGGCCCAUGACUCCGGUCAGAGUUUUCUCCCUAUGGGGAAGUACAGCAUGCGGGGCCCAAGGGUGGCCCUGACCCUCAGCAGCCCUGAGGUCUCAGCCUCUAUAGUCGCUGUCCUGGAGGGCGUGUUCCGGACCCUGGGCUUUGAGAGCUGCCAGAGGAGGGAGGCCUCUGUCCAGGGCUUCCUUGGGGAGCUGGCCGCUUUCCGGGAGCAGCUGGAUGCCCUCGGGGGCCCUGUGGGCUGUGCCUUAGUGGCCUUGGUGGCCCCCAGUGGGCAGCUGAAGCAGCCCCAGCAGCUGGUCCGGGAGCUGAGCCGCUGUGGGGCCCUCUGGGGCCGCCCCAAAGUUUUCCUUCUGCUCUCAAGUGCUCCUGGGGCUGCCCCCGAGCCCGGAGCCUUCCUCACUGGCUUGAGCGAGCUGUGUGGCCGCUUUCCUCACUGGUCUCUGCUGCAGCUGCUGACAGAGAACCGUGCCCCCGUGGAGCAGCCCCCUGAGGCGUUCUCUGGCCUCACCCCCGCCCCCAGGUCUUCUGCAGGACAGCUGAAGAGUCCGAGGCCACCUACUGUCCAGUCCUUCGGAGCUCCUUGCGAGCCAGAACCCAGCCCCACUGCUCGGUAUGACCUGUCCGGGACCAGGGCUGCCCUCCUCCUGUCCGUGAUCCACGGCCGGCCCGGGGCCCAGCACGAUGUGGAGGCGCUGGGGGCCCUGUGCCAGGCCCUGAGCUUCAAGACCACGCUAAGGACAGACCCCACGGCCCAGGCUUUCCAGGAGGAGCUGGCCCAGUUCCGGGAGUGCCUAGACGCCCACAGGGCCCCAGUGAGCUGUGCCCUUGUGGCCCUGAUGGCCCACGGGGGGCCACAGGGACAGCUGCUGGGGGCCGACGGGCGGGAGGUACGGCCAGAGGCCCUGGUGCAGGAGCUGAGCCGCUGCAGGGCCCUGUGCGGCUGCCCCAAGAUCUUUCUGCUUCAGGCUUGCCGUGGGGGGCAUAGGGACGCCGGUGUGGGGCCCACAGGUCUCCCUUGGUUCCGGCGCUGGCUUCGGGCAUCACCCACCACCCCCUCGCAUGCCGAUGUCCUCCAGAUCUAUGCUGAUGCCCAAGGCAGCUCUCCCUUCCCCACUGCAGGGAGCUCUGACCAAGCAGACAUCCUGACGGUCUAUGCAGCUGCCGAGGGCUGUGUAGCCUAUCGGGAUGAGACAGGCUCAGACUUUAUCCAGACGCUGGUGGAGGUCUUCAGAGCUGACCCUGGGAGAGAAGUUCUGGAGCUGCUGACUGAGGUCAACCGGCGGGUGUGUCAGCUGGAGGUGCUGGGUCCCGACUGCCCGGAGCGCCGCAAGGCCUGCCUGGAGAUCCGCAGCUCGCUGAGGCGCCGGCUCUGCCUGCAGGCCUGACCGCGCGCCGCUGCCCCGGGGGUGCGGCCGGUGGGAGCCACAGCCCGGCGCCGCCGCCGACUCCACCCGCGGCCCCCCGUUCCUCAUCUGUCAGUGGGGGAGACAGCCUGGGCGCGGGGCUCGGCCGGCGUGCUAGAAGCGUCUGUGCAUGACCGAGAAUGCGUCCGCUCGCAGGGAGGCGGGGCAGCGGGACACUGCAGGCAGGGUGCUCGGCACCCGGUAAGGGUGCAUCUGUGCUCCCGGGAGCCAGGCUGGGCCCCCUUCCUGCGGGCGGAGGGGCUGAGGAGCCCAGCACGGGCCAGGCUGGGCUGGAUGUUCCGAGCAGGGGCAGCCGGGGCCCACGUCGCGGUCUCAGCUCCCGCACCCCGGCGGCGCCCCGCGCCGAGGCCGCGGAAAUGCAGGAGACGCGGUCAGAGUCUAGUCUGGAGCCAUGACACUCUGGACCGAGCCUGGCAGGUGGAUCGGUACUGUGAAUGAGGGGAAACAGGGCCUGGGGAGCGCUGGGCAGCUCCCGACUCAACGCGCUCCGGGGCCACGUGGGGGAAGAGUUCCAAAGGCGCCUGUUAGGGCAGGAAGGGCCUGCGCGGCCUCACCCGGGCUCGAACUCGUAAGCACAAGUCAGGGACGGCGGUUCUCGCGGAGCCGCCUGGGCUCCUCUCGGCGCCGGGCCCCGGCUCCGCCCACAUAAAGCCCGAGGGGGCGGAGCUCCUUGCCAGUAGGAGCAUGCGUAUUACGGUACAACACGCAGACGCCUGAAUCAGCUUUAAGAGAAACGCGGUGGGAGCGCCACCGGCGGGGCCGCGUGGCCUAAUGGAUAAGGCGUCUGAUUCCGGAUCAGAAGAUUGAGGGUUCGAGUCCCUUCGUGGUCGCUACGCAGCUUGUUUUUCUCCCUCCGCUUUGCCUUUUCCCUCGGUCGGGACUGCGCCCUCCGCGAAACCCUAGGUCGCCUAGGCCGUGCCCCGCCCGCUGCCCCGCCCUCCGGCACCUCGGCAGCCGCCGCGCGCCUGCAAGGGCGGAGCUCAGGAGCCAGCGCCUGGUCCGCACGCCCGCGCCCCCGAGGAGCUGCGAGGCCCACGGGUGGCCGGAACCUGAAGCCACCGGCCGCGAGUCCUGGGGCCCACUAGGGACUGGCUGCACGAAUACAGUCCUGAGGACCAGAGCUGUAACAGAUGAGAGGUUGGACCGGGGGGCGCGGGAGGCGCGGGGAUUGUUCCAAGGGCCCAGGAGACAAGUGCGUUCCAAACUAUAAUAGAUUAUCGUGAUUAAAAAAAAGUUUUGGAAAUUCUGGUGACGGUUGGAUGAUAUUGUGCAUGUAACUGAUGCCACUGAAUUGAAUUGUACGCUUAAAAAUGGCUAAAUUGGCUAUAGCGUUAUAUACACAUUUUUAACAGAAUAAAAUGUUUUAAAAAUCUAA